AUUUGAGAACUCAAUCGAUCGCGGACGAUUUUUCUCUUGUCUUCAAAAUUUUAAAGGAUUGAGACAAGCAGAGAGAGAGGCAGACUCACAAAAGCUCUUCUUGUGGCAAAGAAAACAGAGUUAAUGUGGAAGGCCGCUUAGCAACCAGUUUAAACGUUUUUGUGAUUUAUUCACUUAUUUUGAUCGCGCAGAGUUUUUUUUUGGUGAAAGACUUUUAAAUAUCAACCCGAUUACGUGUCACGCAUAUUUGGAUUAAUUCAUCGAUUUUCGUCUUCGAGUUUUGGGAGUAAUCCCGCACCAACUAAUUCCAAAGAGGAACAAGGAAAAAGUUCCUUUUGAGGAGAAACGUGGAACGUGGCAAAGAGUGCAAAGCAAAAGGAAAAAAAAAUCUCAAGCUAAAUGAGAGAGAGAGCAAAAAAAUAGGGAGUGUUUCUAGAAUUGGUUCUAUAUGUAAAUAAUUAAGGACUAGACACUGGCUCAAUCCGUGAGCAUGAUCUAUACAUGCGCUUAUCGUUAUACUUGGAACCGUGAAAUUGUCUUCAAUUCACAAAAAUUGGUGAAAAGACGACCAAAGCAGUAAGAAAGACAUUUUCAGCUCUUUUUCUUAUGCCUUACUGUCUAAAAUACAAUUUAAAAUAUUAAAAAAAAAAAUCUACAAUAAAAAAACGCAACAGUUGCAGAAGGACUAAAAAAAUAUACAAAUCAACUAAAAUAAAUAAAAUAUCGCAAUUUAUUUCACUUACUUAGAAAAACUAACACAUAAAAAAAUUAUUUCUUAUAUCAAAUAAAGGGAAAUUACCUUAAAACAUUCCAUUCAACGAUUAAUAUAAAUAAAAAAUAAAGAAAAAUUCUGUGUCUGUUGAGGUGUUAAAAAAUUGCAAAUAAUUUAAAAAAAAAGUCUAAUAAACAAUCUGUGUUAAAAAAAGUGAGAAAGAGACAGAAAAAAGUAAUUUAAGUCAUAAGAAAACGUCAUUGCCAUAAAUAAAUGUACAAAUUUAAAUAAAAAUAUUUCUAUUUUGUAAUUGUUGAUCAAUAAGAAAAACUAAAAACACGGUUUCCAAGGUAGAUAGAACGAUAGAAAAGAAUAUUCUCUCUCUCUCUCUCUCGCGGGUUGUGUGUGAAGGAGCACACGUACCCACAUAAAAUUUGCACCUGAAGCACACCUCUAGCAAGAAAAUAGAGGUGGGAAAUAUUGCGCGGGAAAAUUUAAGGAUAAGGUGUUUAAGAAGAAAAGCUACACUCAUGAGUACCUACAUGAUAUCAACGUAUGAACAAUGGCUCAACGAGAAGAUGGUAAUUCCAAGCCUGGAGGAAUAUCCACCAGCGCCAAUGGAACCGAUUGCCGUGAAGAAGCAGGACACCCAGGAGCUUCUUCAGGAAUUUGAGUCUGUCUACGAUGCCGUGGAGUUGACUCAUCUAACUCCACCACAAACUCCGCCUCAAACAUCACCGCAGAGGCUGGCAAUUGGGGAUGCUGGACAAUGCAUCGAUCAGACUUUCAUCUAUCAGGAACCAAUUCUCUAUGGGACCGUCUCCGCUCCGGCAUCUUUCUACGCGUUGGCGCAGGAUCAACAGCAUGGGGAAAAGUGUGUGAAUAAUUUGGAAUUCUCCCUCGCAUCCUUCCCAGGUGUGGAGGAGGCUGUUGCUGCUGCUGGUGCCAAUAUGAUUGAGAUUGCCGUGCAAUCGCCAAUGCCGGCGGAUAUUGACCAUGAGAUGGAACUUGUGGAUGAGUUGGUACGGAGUCGUGCAAAGGACUUGCCCGAUUGGACGGAUGAUGACAAUAGUUCGGAAUUUAUGUCAUCACCAGCGAGUCUGUCGCCGCGCAGUGAGGCCUCCUACAGUGGAUCGAGCUUCUCACAUGAUGACGAAUGGCUUCCAGAGUCACGUGCAAAGGCAACCACCUCAAAGGCAGCCGGUGUGAGUGGUGUCACAGCGGGUGGGGUACGUAAACGCUCGCGCCCCUAUGCACGUGGAACGGAGGAUAAGAAGUCGCGGAAGAAGGAACAGAACAAGAAUGCCGCCACGCGUUAUAGGAAAAAGAAGAAGAUGGAAAUUGAGGAAGUUCUGGAAAUUGAACGCGCCCUCCAGCGUGAUCAUGAGAAGUUGAGAGCUGAAGCGACGGAUUUGAAGCGCGAGAUUAAGUACCUGAAGGGUCUCAUGAGAGAAGUCUACAAGGCAAAGGGUCUUCUUGAUUAAAAAGAAAAAAAAUUACAUCAAAGGACAAUGGAUAAGGUGGGAAAGAGGAUAUUGAGCCUGUUUAUCUUUAAAAUGUACUACUUUUGUUUUAAACAAUAUUUUUUCUAUCAAAAAUUUUUUUUAAUUAACAUUGAAAUUUUUUUUGCACUAUAAUUUUGUUUUUUAUUAAGUAAAUAUAGUUAAGAUAUUAAAUGAAAACACAAUUAAAUACUAAUUUCCCCUUUUUUUAGUGAGUAGCUGGGCAUAAAUAUUAAUUAAUAUAUUUAUAUGCGAUAAUGUUUGAAGGAAAAAAUUUAAAGAAAAUUGUUAAGAACAACUUUCAUUAACUUUUUAAAAGAAACAUUUUCGAAUAUUAUACAAAAUAAUUAAUAAUCAUAAAUGAAUAGUUUGUAAGAGAAAUAAAAUAUUCUUAGCAGUAAAAAUAAACAAAGUAGAAUUUUAGAACAUUGCAAACAAUGAAAUUAUUUACCGUAAAUAAUAUUGUAGAAAAAAAAAUAUGCUAAAGUUUCAUUUGUAGCAAAAUACGUCGUAAUAUAAUUCAAAAGGUGUAAUGAGUUGUAGUUCGCUGUCUUCUUGACACUCUGUGUAGUUUGUAGAAGUUUUUCAUCCACCCCUUCUUAUAAAAUUAUAUUCCAAAACACCCUGUGUAAGAAGAAUCCUCAACUUUGCCCUCAAUUUCUCAUCUGUACCCUCUUAUUUUGCUUGUGACGUUUUCGUGAGAUUACCGAAGUUUUCUUUCCAAAAAGAGUGUACAGAAAAAGACAAAUUGCAAAGGCAACAGUUGAGAGCAGAUAAAAACACCGAAUUUGCAUUUUUUUACUACCCUUGCAAAAUUAACAAAAUUUGUUUGGAAAAUGUGUUAAAGUUUUCAAAAGAAAAAAACCUUUUUUUUGUAUAAAUUUCUGUUGAGCCUUCUUAUUGAUUUGCUACAACAAAACAAGAUAAUAACACAGUCUAUUCGUGUUAAACUGGCUAUAAGAAAAUAAUAAAAAGAGAAAAAAUAAGAAAAGAAAAAAACCUCAAAAUUGCAUAAUUUUAUUUGUAUACACACCUUGAUCUUGUAUGAAUUUCAAGCUGGAUAUUUCAAAUAAAGGGUUAUCAUAAAUGGAAA